AAACCAGGAUUAUCUUAUAUACAUCUCGUACAGUUGAACGUACAGUAAACUCGAGGUUUCGGCUACUUGCUAAUUGCCUGAGCAUACACCGUUGCCGUUACUGGUGUCUCCUUAGAACCAGAAUAUAUAAUUCUUAAAGUAUUCAUCUCCAGACAUGAUCAGUGUACUAUUAGUCAGCUGCUUUGCUCUCGUCCAAACUGUGACAAACAAUGAAAUUAUUAAUUCGGAUGAAUCUUUAAAGGAAAAUGCAACUUUGGAAGUUCCACCAUUUAAUCAUCAGGGAAGAUUUUUCCCGCUAUUCAGUGUCGUGCGAUUUGCCAACACCGAGUGCUUAUCGAACACCGAUCAACUCAACGGCACGUGUUUCACAAGACGAGAGUGCCUUAAUUACGGAGGUAAUCCUUCAGGAUCAUGUGCUAACGGAUUAGGCACUUGCUGUGUAUUUCAAAAAUCUUGUGGCUCUACUACUAACAUGAACAAUACGUACUUCGUAAGUCCAAGGUAUCCAAUUACCUAUCGAGGAGGAGAACGAUGCACGAUCACGGUACAACGCUGUAACUCUAACAUAUGUCAGUUGCGAUUGGAUUUCUUGGAGGCCACUUGGGCGCAACCCAAUGCAACUGGAUAUUGCGACUUGGACGUAUUUCUGGUAUCUGGUGGCUCGUCAACGGUACCGAGAAUAUGCGGAGAAAAUACUAAUCAGCAUGUAUACGUCGACUUUAACGGAGCAACGCCGAUUACUAUAUCCGUCGACACUAAUGCGGAUUACGUAUUUGAUCGACGCUGGAACAUAAGACUUCAGCAAAUUGCGUGUGAUUCUGUGUGUAAAGUUCCUAAUGGAUGUUUACAAUAUUACAAAACUGUCUCCGACACUGUAAUGAGUUUUAAUUAUGGUACGACAGAAAAUGCCCGAGCUCCUCAAAUUGGAACGCGACAAAUGAUCAAUCAUCGUUACGGUGUGUGCGUCAGAAUGGCUCUAGGAUACUGCAGUAUUGAAUGGUCUCAGAUGAAUACUUUAUCCUUCUCUGUUUCUGGAGACACGGGUUCAUUCGAUCCAGAUAUAAUAGGUACAGACUUGGUAGCAGAAUCCGGUGCGAGCUGUACGAAUGAUUUUGUGAUUAUACCCGAUCCACGUGAAAAUGGCGUUGCUACUAACACAGACAGGUUUUGCGGAAACGGAUUUAUAACUAAAACAUCGAAUUUAAAGCCAUUUGUACUUUAUGUCGUUACAAAUGGUGACGAAAUGCAAGAAGCCCAAAAUAAAGGUUUUAAGCUUAUGUUUCGUCAGCUGCCUUGUGCAGUUUAAGAAUACUGUUAUGCGAGAUAUGAAUUUUGAUAGAGGAAAUAAUAAGCGUAAUUAAAUUAUUUAUUAAGUAUCAUUUAUUGUGUAAAUAAAUAAUUCUAUACACACCAGGCGCAAUUGGUUGAUAUAUGUAUAUAUAUCACGUAAAAACUCUUAUCUUAAAUUCGCACUACCAGAAUGUGUAUCAACUUGUUCUUUCACAGCGUUGUACCAACCGCCGAUUUUCGUAUGAGUUAGUAGAUCUUGAAAAGCGUCGCAGCCUUCGAUACUCUUCAAGAUCCCGUACACCGCAAGAUCGGAUAGAUCGGGCUUGCUGCCACCCAUAAAAGCGGUGCCUCGCGCGUGGAUGUUAUGCAACCAAUAAUUUGCCUCGUCAUACAACGACUGUCGAACAUCAUCCUUUAAACGGUGUCUUUUCUUGAGUCUUUUUCCUAUCAACCACAUUGCCAUCGCACCUACGUUUAUUAUUAACAUCCGCUCCCAUGACGGAAAAUAUUCCUCCCAUUUGCCGACCUGGAUAAAAAGUUUUUAAUUAUAUUUUGUACAUCAUUGCAUUUAUAUUGUAUAUACAGGGUAUUCCAUAAAAAAUUGCUGAAAUUAAUCAGCUGUCAUUUUUAAUGU